AUGUCCUCACAUAACCAUGAUAACCAAACACCUGCAUUGGAAGACCAGAAACGGUCUUCUCCGGAGAAGACUGACCACGAGCUGAAGGGCAUUGACGAACCAUCAAAUGGAGAGUCACUGGACGUAGUGCUCGACCCGAGGAUGGAGAAAAAGUUGCUAGUAAAACUGGAUCUAUUUUUCGUACCCAUUAUCAUGCUCACGUACUUGUCCUGCUUUCUGGAUCGAUCUAAUAUCGGAAACGUCAAAGUCGCGGGUAUGCCUGCAGACAUUCACGCCUCAGACAGCGAGUUUUCAACGGCCGUGUCAAUCUUUUACGCCACAUAUGUCAUAUUCGAGUCUCCAUGGGCGGUUCUCAUGAAGAAGCUAACACCCCGGAAUAUUUUAUCCGGCCUUUGUAUCGUGUGGUCCCUUACCACCGUUUUCACGGGCUUUAUUGAGAGCGUCGGCUCGCUAUAUGCUACAAGACUCAUUCUCGGUGCUUGUGAAGCUGGCUUGUUUCCCUGCUUGAACCUUUACCUCACAAUGGUGUAUCGACGCGAGGAACAGGCCAAGCGUGUCUCGUACCUGAUGAGCUGUGCGGCUAUCUCUGGGGCCGUUGGAGGUCUAUUGGCAUAUGCAUUACUGCAGAUGGAUGGCAUAGGCGGCAAGGCUGGGUGGAGAUGGGUGUACAUCAUUGAGGGUUUAUUCAGUUUUAUUAUUGCCAUCAUCAUUUGGUUCGGUUUACCGAACAAUCCAGAAGAGGCAUAUUUCCUCACCGAGGAGGAACGCUGGAUGAUGCGUGUCCGCAACGAGCAACGUCGAAAGUACAUGGGCAGCGAGGAGUUCAGCUGGGAGGAGAUGCGCAUUGCCAUUACCGAUCCGAAACUUCUUUUCUCUGCGAUCGUCCAGUUUUGCCAGGAUAUUCUCCUCUACGGAUUCAGUACCUUCCUGCCAACCAUUCUUGAAAGCAUGGGCCAUGAUUCUCUCAUGAGCAACGUUCUGACCGUGCCAGUCUAUAUCUGGGCUGCUAUUAUCUUCAUCUCGAUAGCGGUUUGUGCCGAUCGAUAUUCAAAGUUUGCUUCGUUCAUUUUUGCUGUGAACAUCAUGGGAAUUAUCGGCUAUGCCUUGCUUCUUGGCGUCAGUAAUAAGGCUGUGAAAUACUUUGCGUGUUUCCUGAUCGGCAUCCCGACCUAUACCGCUGUUGGUUUGAACCUCGCCUGGCUCAAUGUGAAUGUCGCGCCGCAGUACAGACGUGCGCUGGCAAUUGGUCUGCAACAGACUAUCGGAAACUGCGCAGGUAUCGUUGCUGGCCAAGUUUAUCGUUCAUCUCCAUAUGUUCUUGGGAAUUCGUUUUCGUUGGGGUCGAUCGUGGUUUCUCAGGUAGUUGUUGUUUGCCACGGGCUCUAUCUUCGACACCAGAACAAGUUGAAGCAGCAGAUUGAGAGUGGGGAGAAGGAAGACCAUCGGCGAAUUCACACCGGUGACGGAGCAGUGGACUUCAAAUACCACUAUUAG